AUGGGUUCUAUGUUCAGUGGAAACCGAUUAAACAAAGAAGAUAUGGAGGUUGUAAUGAAAAAAGCCAAAAAGAUUGUCUCUGAAGUCGUUGUCUUCAGCAAGACGUACUGUGGUUAUUGCCAGAGGGUGAAACAACUGUUGACACAGCUUGGAGCAACUUUUAAAGUGCUUGAGCUCGAUGAAAUGAGGGUGAUGGAUAGUAACAAGCAAGGCAAGCUUUUGCCUAUACUUACUGAAGCUGGUGCUAUCGCCAAUAACUCUUCUCAGCUUUGA